CCCACCCAGAGGAGAAUGGCUGCAGGAAAUCACUCUACAGUGACAGAGUUCAUUCUCAAGGGUUUAACAAAGAGAGCAGACCUCCAGCUCCCCCUCUUUCUCCUCUUCCUCGGGAUCUACUUGGUCACCAUCGUAGGGAACCUGGGCAUGAUCACUCUAAUUUGUCUGAACUCUCAGCUGCACACCCCCAUGUACUACUUCCUCAGCAAUCUGUCACUCGUGGAUCUCUGCUACUCCUCCGUCAUUACCCCUAAGAUGCUGGUGAACUUUGUGUCAAGGAAACACAUCAUCUCCUACGCAGGGUGCAUGUCACAGCUCUACUUCUUCCUUGUUUUUGUCAUUGCUGAGUGUUACAUGCUGACAGUGAUGGCCUACGACCGCUAUGUUGCCAUCUGCCACCCUUUGCUUUACAACAUCAUUAUGUCUCAUCACACCUGCCUGCUGCUGGUGGCUGUGGUCUACGCCAUCGGACUCAUUGGCUCCACAAUAGAAACUGGCCUCAUGUUAAAACUGCCCUAUUGUGAGCACCUCAUCAGUCACUACUUCUGUGACAUCCUCCCUCUCAUGAAGCUGUCCUGCUCUAGCACCUAUGAUGUUGAGAUGACAGUCUUCUUUUUGGCUGGAUUCAACAUCAUAGUCACGAGCUUAACAGUUCUUGUAUCUUACACCUUCAUUCUCUCCAGCAUCCUCGGCAUCAGCACCACAGAGGGUAGAUCCAAAGCCUUUAGAACCUGCAGCUCCCACCUUGCAGCCGUGGGAAUGUUCUAUGGAUCAACUGCAUUCAUGUACUUAAAACCCUCCACAAUCAGUUCCUUGACCCAGGAGAAUGUGGCCUCUGUGUUCUACACCACGGUAAUCCCCAUGUUGAAUCCCCUAAUCUACAGCCUGAGGAACAAGGAAGUAAAGGCUGCCGUGCAGAAAACACUGAGGGGUAAACUGUUUUGA